AUGGGUUCCACUUUUACUUCAAGAUUUUCAUACCAAAGGCUAAAGGAAGAAGGAUGGUUUGAUGAUGAUUUUGAUGAACAUAUUGGAAGGCUAAGACAUAGCUCCACAUUUAGUUUGAGAAGAGUGCACGUGAGAAGAAGACUGAGGGUGAAGAUUCCAAGCUUGAGAAGGUUCUUGAGAAGAAAAGCAAGAUCGGUUAAGCUGGCUUGGACAAAAGUUGUGAAGAGAUUGAAGGAAAGUCAGUCUCAUUUUGGUGAUCUUUUUGCUGGGAAUUAUUUGUUCUUGCAGGUUACUCCUACCCCAUUGAAGAGCAACAAUAAUGUUCACAAAUCUUUGAAGCCCUAUUGUAUCAAUCAUGAUUUAUCUUCUACUUCUAUCUAUUCCCUUCCCAAGGUGGCAUAUUAA